AUGGACGACCAUGACGCGACCCCGAAUAGCUUACGGCACGGCGCCAUUCUCGACAGAUAUCUCCCGGAAGGCUACUCCGCUGACCCAGAAGUGAGCUUAUCGUCUCAACCCACGGUAGAAAGCAUAGCGGAACAUGGACGAAGCGUGGAACAAGUCUUGGGGCCAUCGACGACGACAGUCUUGCCUGGGGUUGGUAUCGCCGAAUCAUCAUCAACUAACCCCGAUGACUUGUCGUCAGAGACUCUCGAAUCAUCGCUAAAGCUACAAGGUGGAGAUAUACACCGUGACAUGUUCAAGAUUAAAGCCCAGGCGAAUUCACUGCGGCGAGCUGCGACAUUCUCCCAUCAACCAUCUCCACGUUUGGGCCCGGCUGACGAACAUGCACACCACGGCAGGCAUCGUCGGAGGUUUAGUGGCACUGUGAUCAUUACGAAGAACUUCGUCGAUUUUCUAGACCUAUAUGGCAGUUUUGCCGGCGAGGAUUUAGAAGAUGAAGACACAUCCGAGGAUGAGUCUGCGAUCGACGACCAUGACGUAGACGAGCCAAACGAACGCCGGCCACUCAUUGAUCGCCCAUUCACACGACGACGCAGAAGCUCCAGGCGGUUGGCACGAGAAGGCGAUGCUAGCACUGUGAAAACCUUCUUCACACUUCUCAAAGCCUUCAUUGGAACUGGCAUUAUGUUUCUUCCCAAAGCGUUUCGUAAUGGGGGUAUCCUCUUCUCGUCCCUGACGUUGGUGGCUGUGUCACUGAUCAACUGCCUGUGCUUUCGCCUCUUGCUUGACUGUCGGCAGAGAUAUGGCGGCGGCUAUGGCGAACUCGGAGCGUCCAUCGUUGGUCCCAAGUUCCGCGGUCUCAUUCUCGGCUCGAUUGCGUUAUCCCAGUUGGGGUUCGUCUGCACCGGACUGAUCUUUACUGCAGAAAACCUAUAUUCCUUCUUGGAUGCUGUAACUCGGGGCCAAAGAAAUGUUGAUGUUGGGGUACCGAGCCUGAUUGCUCUGCAGCUUCUACCUCUUGUGCCACUGGUCCUCAUUCGAAAAAUCUCCAAGUUAGGGCCCGCCGCCUUGCUUGCUGAUAUCUUUAUUCUUGUUGGCCUUGUAUACAUUUGGCAAUUUGAUAUACGGGCCUUGGCAACGCAUGGAAUGGCACCUAGCGUGCAACUGUUCAAUCCUUCGGCAUUCACUUUGACUAUAGGUUCUGCCAUCUUCACUUUCGAGGGUAUAGGUCUCAUCUUGCCUAUUCAGUCCAGCAUGAAGAAACCGGAACAAUUCAGUGGGCUACUAUACUUUGUGAUGUUGCUCAUUACAGUCUUCUUCACAUCAGUCGGUGCCCUUUGUUAUGCUACUUUUGGCGAAGAAACGAAGAUUCAGAUCAUUUCCAACUUUCCCCAGGACUCAGUGGUAGUCAAUGCGGUGCAAUUACUGUACUCUCUUGCCGUCCUAGCAGGCGAGCCUGUCCAGUUGUUUCCAGCCGUACGUAUCAUUGAAACGUCAUUGUUUGGGGAGAGAGCUACUGGCAAGAAGAGCCUUGCCAUUAAGUGGCAGAAGAAUGCGGCUAGGACCCUAGUAAUGGGUCUCUGUGUUGGCAUCAGUAUCGUUGGUGCCAGCGAUUUGGACAAGUUUGUGGCCUUGAUUGGAAGUUUUGCAUGUGUGCCACUUGUAUACAUCUACCCGGCGUAUCUGCAUUAUAAGGGUAUUGCGGAAUCUUCAUGGGCAAAGGCGUUGGACAUGGCCAUAAUGAUUGUGGGCUUGGUUGCCAUGCUUUAUACCACAUCGGUCACUUCUGCUCAAUGGAUACAAAGCUAG